AUGCGGCAAGUCUGGGGACGCUCAGUAUGGCAACUGCGUUCGAAUUUUGCGACUUCGAACCUGCUCGUCGUGUUGUGUUUAUUCGCGAUAUUUUCAGCUGUUUCGGGCCAAGAUUCAUGUAGUGUUGGACCUUGUUAUCCUUCUCCUUCGGACAUUUCAAAGUAUUUUAAUGUUACGGCGAACUCAACUUGCGGUAACCCGUCAGAGCUAUACUGCGUUAACUUGGAUUGCACUAAAGUUUGCAACGCAUUCGACGAUAAUCUUGCACAUAGUGCCAGUCUUGUGAAGGACGAUUUUAGCAAAAACACUUUCUGGAAGUCAGAAAAUUACGAGUUUCCUGUGGUUCUACAGCUAGAGGUCCGAAGAACUUUCAUGCUGUAUCAGUCUGUGGUUACUUUUUAUCACGAGUUACCGGCUGCAAUGUACCUUUUGAAGUCAAAUGACUCUGGAAGAACAUGGAAUCCCCUAACCUACUUUGCAACGAACUGUACAAAAUAUUUUAAUCUACCAGAAACGCCAGAGAACGAAAGAGAGGGUUUGAAAAUUCAGUGUUUCAAAAUAGACACCGCUACAAAUCUCAACAAGCAGGUAAGCUUUUUUGAUAGGACAUAUUUAUUUUGUAGAUGCUGCCGUUGGGAUUAGCUCACUGUUGUUGGUACCAUAAUUUCGUAGCUUUAUAAAGUGCCACAGCAAUGGUGAAUUAUUUGAGCAAUCGUUGUUACAUCAACCACCUGCAGAUAGAUAGUGUGUUUGAAAGAAGUGGUUACUGCGUUUACUUUGACUUAAAAAUUGUGGUUGCAGAGGUUUCCCGUACCUGUUAAUCGAGGCACAUUAUACCAAAUUGAUGCUAUUUAUGUCGGAAAGUUGCUUCACCUUUAUCUAAUAACCUUUGUGUUCAACAAUCUGUGACAAGUUAUAUAAAAUGGUCAAUUGAAAGGAACCAUAGUUACUAACUUCCUCGUAAACGCAGAAUCUUGGUUACGAAAUGUUUACUGAACCUUUACCAUUUCUAAGGAUCGCAUUACCACUUUGCCAAAUGUUGAUUGACAAAAAAUUGAUUAGAAAGAUUCUGUGUUACAUUUUCUCUUAUAUUUCGCCACAAAUCCGCUCAAUAUUCAUUGAUUACUUAGUCAAUGUAAUUCGACAAAGGAAUUCAUGCGAAGUCAGGAAAAACGUGCUAGAAAUUUGUAAUUCAAUUCUUAACGCGGAAGACGAUUAGAUUUUUCAGACUUUGUUUGACUUACUCUUCACGAAAUCGAUAAUAACCAUUAACAUUUUAAAUUGAAAUUAUUCUUGUUUUUUACGAUUAAGAAUACUUCGGUUAACUUGAGGAUAUUGUAAAGCACAACUGGAGGCUUUUUUUUUAUCCCGCUGUGUUCAUGAAGAACAUAAAAUGUUCUGGAAUGCAAUGGUCUUUAGUUUGUACAUAAACAGAGCUGAAGCUAUUGUUUACAUUUGCAGAUUGGGUUUUGUUUGGUGAAUUUUUCAGAGAUGAUAUCACAUAUUUACAUCUUUGCCUCUGAUUAUGAUUUGCAUUAACUUGUAUUUUUAAAGAAGGAAAGAAAAGGAAAAAAAAAGAAAUCAAAAUUUCAGUCACUCUCAGGCUGAAACCAGGGACAAUUUGUCAAAAUUACUUGCAGCUUCCAGUAGUUGGUUCAGUUAAUUUGCAGCUUUUCAAGUAGAGGUUGAGUUUUAUCUUUUAUAUUGCAAAUGAAUGACUGCUUAACUACUUAUUUAUCCUUGAAAUGUUUUUAGCAGUUAAUGAAAUGUUUUACAUGGACACCUGUAACUUAUCAUAUCACUUGAGGGUUAGAACCUUAAAAAACUAAUGAAUACAAUAAUUGAUUUGUAUAUUAUUCAAAACAGCAUCAGAGAGAUAAUUUGUUGCAGUACUGUAAAAGCACAUGAAACACCAGAAAAAAUUUUUAAAAUUUAUUCCAAAUGAUGUUUAAAAAGUUGCUGUUGAUAAUACUUUUUUAAGGAAUGAGUAGUGAUGGACAUCAAUUAUAUCAAAUGAUUAUUUAGAGAGAUUUCUGCAUAGCCCUAUACUUCAUUAUGCGUUAAGUUCUUUAAUGAAGAAAACAAUAAGUGAGGGACAAAAAUUUUUGUUGAUCAGUCAGAGAAACAUAGUAGAACAAAACCAACUCAGCUCUGGAUUUUAUUCAACACUGAAUUGAACCUUGCCUGUAGGGUUAAGAGUGACACUGCAGAGGCAAUAAAUAUGUUUUGCAUAUGCAGCAUUCCCCUGUUGUAAAGGAAUGGAAUAAAGGAGAAGGGUCCAAAUAUUAGAAUACAUCUCUCAAAGCAAAAUCAACUCAACUCUGGAUUUUAUUCAACACUUAAUUGAACCUUGCCUGUAGGGCCAAGAGUGAUUAGACAGCAGAGGUAACUGAUAUGUUUUACCUACAAUGUACAUAUAGUGUUCCUCUAUGGUAAAGUAAUGCUGCAGUAAUGGAGAAGUGUUGAUUUUAAAAAUCUUGGAUCAAAUAUAAAAAUACAUCUCUCUCUCUUGUAGCUCUUUUAUACACCAAUGCAAGAUCCAGCAGCAGCACUAAACCUUCUCACUGAUACAGAGAAACAGGCCUUCUUUCUUAUGACUGAUAUAAAAAUGGUUCUGGUCAAGUUUAUAAUUCCUGGUGGGGUUGAAACAUUAACAGAUAGUCUCAAGAGAAGCUUCUUCUUCACUGUGUCAGAUUGGGAUGUGUUAGCAUCUUGCUUCUGCAAUGGCCAGGCAUCAAAGUGUGAUCCAGAUGUAAGUACACUGUUGAAAAUUCAAGUGUUUUCUCUUCUAGUUUAAUGUACACUUCUGUAGCUAUAUUCUGCAGAAACAUGGUUACCCUCCAGUUUAGUCAAAAUCAAAGUGAUCAAUAUGUUACCAUCAUCCACGCACCUGUUACCAGUCAAACAGAUUAGUGUAUAAUUUGUACUGUAUAUUAUGAUAUUGAAAAUUCUAUUGAACUUUAAUUUGUGUGUCAUAAUUAUGAAAAGAAAUGUGUGUAUGUCUGAUUUUACUAUGAUAUCACUGAUAUCAUAUUACAUGUAAAUUCUUAGGACUUCUCCAAGUGCAUAUGUGAAAGGAAUACUGAUGGUCCAAACUGUGAAAAGUGUUUACCACUUUACAAUAACAAACCUUACCAGAUACGAGAAGCAUGUGAAGGUGAGAUCACAAGAUCUGCAAGACUGUUCAAAGUUGUUUUUUGUCUUUGCUUUUGGUUUUUUGUCGCUGUUUAUUUACAUUGAUGGAACUUUGAUAAUAAUUUCCUUCAAAUUCUUAAAUAUUUUGCUAACGUAUUUGAAAAAAAUUUUGUGUUGAUCUAGAUGAUGUGAAAAUGCUGAAAAAUGAUGACAAGUUUUGAACAUUGCCAUCAAUUUUUCAAUCUUGGUGGAAAAAUUCUUUAUCUAGAUUCAUUCUCAAAUUCUUUCAACUCCUGUUUUAUUAGGAUUAAUUAGGGGUAAGGCAUAAUAUAAAGUGCAUUAAUCAACCUAGAUUUAAAAUCUUUAGCCCUACAAUUUAAAUUUCAUUACAAGAUAUAUAUAUGCACUCCAUCAUGAUGACAAAAAUCCUUUCUUUGAUUUAAUUUUUUUAGGCAUGUUACUAAUUAAAUUUAACCAAUGCUCUUGUUUUCAGCAUGUGAAUGCAAUAGUCAUGCUGACAGCUGCUCCUACAAUGAAACAAAAGGAUAUGGAGUUUGUAAUGAUUGUAAGCACAACACAACAGGGGAUAUGUGUCAACUUUGUAAGGAGACCUUUUACAGAAACUCAGCUGUAUCACCGAAUACCACCAAUACUUGUCUGGGUAAAUAUCUUCUUUUUGAUGAUAGUCACUCUGUGUCUGUACACUAUAAAUGAACAUGUCUGUUGCUAGGCUUGUAAAAUAAUAAUUAUACUAUUGUGCAAUUAUACUAUCAUUAGGUUCAGAGUACUUUAAGCAGCAGUGAUCUUUUUAGGUGGUGACUGGUAAAAAUUCCCUGCCUUUAGUUCCUCUUAUAACAGCUUAAACUAGCCUGGAGUUCUUGAAAAUAAUAUUCAACAAGUUAAUUGUGCUAGCAAUUGGAAAUUAUAUUUUACAUUUCAUUCUUGAAAUAAGGAAGAACAUUGGAUCUGUAGAGAAAAUUAAUUUUAAAGGUUUUUUUUAAUUGAUUUAAUUUAGUAACUGAGGAACUUAUAAAUUAAAAUAUAGAGCCAUAUUAAAAGUACAUUAUAACUUCUGAUCAUUGCUAUCAUAUUUUUCAGUGACCUCAAGAAUUGUGAUAGUACACUUAUUACUGAAGGUUAUUUUAUCUGUAGGAUAAUUUUUAACUAAUUUUGUAUAUCUUGAUGUUUUAAAGCCUGUGCAUGUCAUGUUCCUGGUGUAAACACUUCAGCUGACAGCUCACGGUGUGAUAGUGUUACUGGUCAGUGUGCAUGUAAGAGUCGAGUGAUGGGAAGGGCCUGUAAUAUGUGUCGCGAUACUUACUGGAAACUAACUGCAGACAACGAGGCAGGCUGUGAAGGUAUUCAAUUAAAGAGUAUUAGAAAAAAGUUUCUGAACAACAAAUGUUAAGGGAAAUACUACUUAUUUAACCCUCUUACUCCCAAAUGCCAUUGGUUAUUCUUCUUUAAGUUAUUGUCUGCUAUACAAUUCAUAUGAUGUUAGUUUGGAGAAUUAGGUAUAAAAUCUAUUGGUAAUCCCUUAAUUAAUACUUUUAUUUUCUCAUCACUUGUCUGCUUAAUAUUGUAUUGAUAAAGUGAGGAGAAAUUCUAUCUUGGUCACUCAUGGGAAUUAAAGGGUUAAUUAUUGCCAACUUGUAGUCAGCAUUGAGUUUGUGACCUGUAUCAUUGAAGGAACAAUACAAGCUGUUGAGUUAAUAUUAGGUUAUCUCACCUGUGUUUUAAAAGAGCUGAAUCAUGCUUCAAACAUGCACUGAAACUUAUAUCAGAAGUUAUUUAUGUGUAGUACUGUAAUAUUUUGACUGGAUGUUUCUACUUGACUUGAUUUUAGAAUGCCACUGCAAUUUAACUGGAACAGUCAACAGUUCCAAUGUGUGUGACAAGAUAACUGGUCAGUGCCCCUGUAAGCAGCUACUCACAGGAAGGACAUGUAACCAGUGCCAAGUGAGUCCACUAUUUCAUGUACAAAUAUUUUUUUUUUAUUGUAAGCCAACUGAUGUCCACAAAACAGUUUAAAAAAAAAGGUUUGCCUGUUUUAUGUAUUAUGGAGCUAAUUUUGAAUUGUGGUGAAGGCAGGGAGAGGGGGCACUUUUUUUUAAGAAGGCAUUCAUAUGAAAGGAGGUGCAAAUUCAAGUAAUUUCUGAACAGAAGUAGUUUGAUAACUGAAAAAUAAUACAUUUUUCACAAGGAUGGAUACUUUGGAUUGACAUCUGAAAACCCUGGCUGUACUGCAUGUAACUGUGACCUGGCUGGCUCAGUAAAUACCUCAUGUUCUUCAUCUGGGAAAUGUUACUGCCGUCCCAAGUUCUCUGGGGAGAAAUGUGACAAGAUUGAUGAAGGCUUCUUUGUGCCAAGUGUAGAUUUUAUGACGUUUCAGGCUGAGGAUGCUACACCCAUAACUGUAAGAAGUGUUCAUCUCUAUUCUCAUGCUGCUAUUUGUCAAAAUCAAUGAAGGUUGUCUAUGUUUAGUGAACAUUAGAAAUUAAUAUUUGAUUACUUGGAGCACUAAUUUGUCCAAAGGUUUGGGAACAGUCUCUCUCAACUAUUUAGGUCUGUAAAGUGGAUUAAUAUUGUUGCAUAGUGUUCUUGUGAUUUCGCCCUUCACCUUUGAGAAGUGAUGAAUCUUGUGUGAAAUGAGCUGAGACCAAAUUAGUCUUAAUAAGUCUGAAGUAACUCUCUUCACUGUUUGGACAGCAUGAAAAGUCUGGGCAAAAAAAGGAAAUUUUUACUAUUAAAGCAGUGUGUCUUAUUUGAUAUUCUGAUUACCAUUUUUAACUGUACAUUGCAAGAGCAGAAGGAGGAGGAAGUUCUCUUUUUGGAGCCAUGUGGGUCCCCCAGAAAGAUUAUGUGCUUAGUCAUGAUGGAGCAGGUGGAUUUAACCCUUUAACUCCCAGAUCAAAUUGGUUAUAACAAAUCAAUUUGUAAUAAUUCUCCUUACUGUCGACCAUACAAUUCUUUGAAUGUUAGUUCAGAUAAUUUAGUAUUGGAUCAACUUAUUCCCUCCAAAUUGAUAUUUUCCUUUAUUCUUGUCACUUAUCUGGUUGAUAUUGUAUAGAUAUUGUAGGGAUAAAUUCUGUCCUGGUCACUCAUGGGAGUUAAAGGGUUAAGGCCAUGAAUGACCAUUCUGUCUCCUUGUUUAUUCUGCCACAGUAAAGAUGACUCUAGACUUGAUGGAUGGAAAAGCACCAACUGUGUGAAGUUGUUGCUGAGUAAAGGUCCCUGCUCUCAGCUCCAACAACAACCUUGAUGUUAUUUAUGAUUUAAGGUUUUUCUCGGUGUACAGUAUGUACUAAGAACUGGUAAUCCUUGUUCAGAGAAACUUUAUGGUAGACUCAGUUCAUGUUUGGAUUUUUUAAUGUUGAUUUUGAAAGAUUCUUACAUGGAAAGGGGUGUUAAAUUAUUUGACUUGAAAAUAGAAUAGCAUUUUUUAAUCAAAUUUAAUUAUGAAUCCUACUGUCACUAAUUUCAAAAUAUUUGUCUUUUUUACACAGCCACGAACAAAAACAAUCAUUCAUCAAGAAAUUGUUAAUGCAGCUGGAAACAUUGUUCUUAUGGUUGGUGUGGUAUUGAAUGAGGGAGUGAAUAAUGCUGCACCAACUGAGCUGGAGUUCACUGUCAAAAUUCCCAAAACAGGAUUCUUUAAUUUUGUCCUGCGUUACAUGGUGAGAUGUUCCUCCCUUGGGAAAGAUAUCAUUAUGAAUGAUUAUUGUUUAGUAAUUGGAAAUAGUCUUAGCUUUCUGCUCAUUUACUAAAACUCAGUAGUAUGGAAGGGGUGUUUGUUUCAUCUUGUGGAUCUGAGAGGCUCAAAUUAAAAGUUUUAAACAAAUUUUUAAUAGUAUGCUGAAAUUAUCAUGAUUAUUAUUAGCAUUUUCUAUUUUGCAGACUGGUUAUAACUGGAAUUUGGUUAAGAUAACUGCUUUGCUGCGGACAGCCUUUGUGCCCUUCACGUGCAACAACAUUAAUCAAAUCACCAAGAAUGAGCCUCUCAUCCUGACUGGGACAGUGUUGUCUGGAAGUGAAGCUCAUGAUUAUGGAAGUCACUGUUUAUUAGCGGGUCAGUACAGUGUAAAACUUCAAAUACCUGCUGGAAGUGCUCAACAAGGUGUUCUGGUCACUCGAAGGAAAAGAAGGGCAUUGCCUGAUGCAGACAUCACUGUUGAUUCUGUAAGUAAUUAUUCACUCUCUAUAGCCUGUUGCUAUGAUUGUUACAAGAGAAAUAUUCACUAUUAGCUUUGUUGGAAGCUGUAGUGGGCUGAACAUCACUGUUUUCUUGGUAUUUGAGUUUCAUACUACAAUGUACAGCAUAUGUAAAUCAAAGAAAGCUACCUUGCUGUACAUGUAAGUGCUGUGGGCUAUCUGAAAAGCAACUUAGUUUCGCAAAAUUGUGACAACUUUUACCUAGUCUCACUGGAACCCAGAGUUAUUUUCUGUGGAGAGACAUCAUGACCUAGUUAUUGGUGCUCUGGAAGCUUAAUUGACACUGGAUUGACACAUUCAGGUGGGAACCUUGGUCAGGGUAACUGUGUGGUUUUCUUAGCCAGGGUAAAUUUACUCAAGGAGGAUAAAUAGCCAGAAUGAAGUACAUUUAUGUAGCAUCCCAUCAAAGAGGUUUUACAAUAGGACAGUGUAGAGCAGCUACAAAACAAACAAAACAGUUCACAUUUGCAAAGAGUUCAAGUCCUAACGAAUUGACUUAGACAACAACAUGGCCUCCAUGGUGUCAUGUGGAAACAAUCUCUAUCAGUAGGCAACCACAAGAACUUGUAGAUAAUUGUUGAAACAUAAAAUUGAUGUCAGUAAUAAUUAUUUUAAUUUGUAACACAGGUUUUAGCCAUGCCGACUGUGUCUGAGUAUGAUGUAUUCAAGGAAGCAUCUGCUGAAGUUCAAGAAAACAUGACAUUUUACUACAAUGCAUCAUCAUCCCUGAAAACCUGGUCAGCAAACUCUGAGGCAGGAAGUCGUGCACUUGCACCAGUGUUUGGAAGCACUUUUGGAGAGGGACAAGGUAACAUUGAUACUAACAAAGUUAAGAAAAAUUGUAAAAAUUAACAUUAAGAACUGCUGUAAGAAACAAGGCGGUGAUCGAAAUAAAGGGAAUAUUGACUUUAGUAAACUCUAGAGAAUAAUUUACAUGUAAUACCAAUGGACAAAGGGAUAGAUUGCAUAUCAAGGAAAUUUUGGCUUAUACUACUCCAGCUACACGCUUAUUCAGCAUAUCACUGAGUAUGUUUUUAACCCAGAAAUCUCUCUUACUAUGCUUUACCCACCUUAAUGCAAAAUUUACUUAAAAAAAAAAAACAGAAAACAAAAAAAUUUAGACCAUUCAUGUGCAAUCAAUAUUUAUACUUAAACUUGUUAAUAUAUUUUUAUUCAGCAUGUAACUGUAGCUCUGUGGGGUCAAAUGACCCUGAUGAAUGUGACAGAUAUAGUGGACAAUGUUCCUGCAAGCCUAAUGUGAUUGGUCGCACUUGUGAUCAGUGCAGGCCAGACUAUUUUAACUUCACCUCUGGUCAAGGUUGUCAAGGUAAAGAGGUUAAAUAUUGUGCAUGUGUUUAGAAUAUACCCUAGAUCAACACAUACCUGCACCCUAAGAAAACUUUGAGCUGUCUUAGUUAACUGAUUGUUACUUACAACAAAACAUUUCUCAAUAAAGAAUAUUUUUAACACCUUCAUUAUUAAUAAUAUUCACUAACACUCGAUCUUUACCUCUGUCUAUUAUUGAGUAUGUAGUAUGAAAUUUUGAUAUUUGACCCACAAAUGUUAGCAACUUGUUGCACUGUCAGGAUUUUCUUGGAUAGAAAUGCCUGCAUAAUUGAAACAGACUAUGAGGAUAAGAGGUUCAAAAACCACAUACUUUAUUCCCACCUUUAUGUCAAUUUUGAAUGAAUGAUUGUGUCUAUGUCUUUCCAUUUUUGAAAAUAACAAAUUAUAUGAGCAUGGAUUUUUAAUUAAAAAAUAAUUCAAAUAGUAUGCGCGCUCUGAUUGGCCAUAAAACCAUUUUACAUGAGUGUAUGUAAACACGGUUUUCGUUCCUCUUUCAUUAGUUAUUUUAUAAAAGAAAUGUAAAAUGGUUUCCGUGUUUACAUAGCCUGAUGUAAACACUUUGGAGGUUGGGAGAACACUCGAUGAGCUGGAAACCACUCCGCUUCAUGUUGUGGUUUCCUACACUUAUCUUGUGUUCUCCCAACCUCCUGCGUGUUUACAUCAGGCUAUGUAAACACGGAAACCAUUUUACAUUUCUUCAAUAUUACAUAACUAUUACUGUCAAAGCUGAUAUCUUUUUGUUGUAUCAUUAUUUGUACAAUAUCUGUACACUGUAGCACUGUGGAAGUGCAAUCAGUGUUUUUGCUCAUCAGCUCUUCUUUUUUGGUUUAUUUCAUAGAUUGCAACUGUAGCAUGACUGGUGCAAAUGAAACAUCUUGCCAUCCUGAAACAGGGCAAUGUUCCUGCAGGGAGAAUGUGAUAGGCCAACAUUGUGAGCGAUGUGAAAUAAACUAUUAUAACUUUAACAGUGGGGCAGGCUGCUCUUCCUGUGACUGCAAUCCUAUCUACUCCACCAGCCUGCAGUGUGAUGGAAACACUGGUGUGUGCAGCUGUAAGCCUGGUAUUAAUGGAGCAAAAUGUACAGGAUGUGCUGAUCAGUUUUACAAUCUUACAGACCAAGGUAAUGUUUAUAAUACAUACAGGUAGUGGUUUCUAUACUCUUUCCCUCUCUCUUUUAAGUGGGGCACAGAAUAUUGGAAAGUAAAACUUCUGUCUAUUUUAAAGCAGUUAUAUAUGAGACAAUAUUGUCAGUGAUUUAAUUUUUCUUAGUUUAAGAUGUUGUUGUGGGUUACCAACUUUUCUAGCAUUCUUUAUAAUGGUUUUGGAUUAAAUGUCCUUGUUUCUUGUAGGUUGUAUGUCCUGUGAUUGUAACCUUGCGGGAAGUGCCAGCCCUGUCUGUAACAAGACUACAGGCCAGUGUCCUUGUAAGGCUCAAUCUCUAGGCUGUCAGUGUGACAUGUGCCCAGCUGGUUAUUAUGGCUUAAGUGUCCAGAAUCCUCAAGGUUGUUUGAAGUGUCAGUGUUCAAAUAAAUCAUCAGAAUGUGUUACUGACCCAGGAUGGUUUGUUUCAACUCUUAACACCACUCUGUCGGUGUUUAAUGACAAUGUUGAUCUGGAUGGUUGGAGUACUAUAGACAGUGCAGGAAAACAAGUCAAUCCAGUUUUGGACUGGGAUGUUACUGUAAACAUUGAGAAGUGAGUGUUUACAUUAUGUUGUGUAUUUUCAUACAUGUAGUGUGGUAUACAAGUCAUGUGAUCCUCUGCUAUUAACUUUGGUAGUGUGUGCACCAGUAAAUUGUACUUUGAAAUUAUGGUGUAGUUGUCCUCUGAAGAGGAAGAGGAAGGAGAAGGGAAAUUAAAUUCAGGUGUUAUCAUUCUCUUUUCACCUUAUGGGCUUAAAUUCAAGUAAAUUUUUUCUUUUCCUUGCCUUUGUAUGACAUUCACCUAGGCUAUGUCACUUGAUACAGUAAAAUCUAAGUCAUCAAGAAACUGAGCAAAUUGAGAACCCCUUUAUAAAAUGUUAAGCAGAUAAUAACUUAAGGUAAUUACUUUAGUGUGACAUGUUCAUAUCUGGAAAACCAGGAUAGUUUGCAGUUCUACAUAAAUGUUAGAGAGCGUGCUCAAUUUAUAUACCAUGUUGGUGUAGCACUGUUUGUUUGAUUGUUUGUAGACCUUUACACUGACUAGAUGAAAAGACCUUGACAAACUGGUUUAUACUAAGCCUUACAAUUGUCCUCUUUGUUUUCUUCAGGGGAUCUAUGAAAGUUGACACUCAAGGCUCAGAUGAUAUCUACUUUGUUGCUCCUGACAAGUACCUUGGGGACAAGAGAUCUGCUUAUACAUAUGCGUUGUCAUUCCAUUUACAACAGGACAAUGCAUCCAGCCCUGCAACAUCCUCUAGGGGAGAUGUUAUCCUUGAAGGCAAGUGGUUUGAUGAACCUCUUGUCUCAAGUCUUGAUGCUGCUCCACCAGGUGGAGACAAUUUUAGGAAAUAUGAGGUAAGUUUCGACAAUUGUGUUCAACCAUAAUAACUCACAGUAACAAUGGUAAUGAAAAGGAUGAUGAUGAUGGCAACAGAACAAUUGUUGGUGUCAUCAUUAUCAUCAGCAUCACAAUUGUCCAUAUAAUUGUCAUUAUUGUGGAAUCGUUAUUUUUGGAUCAGAGUUUACCAGUGGAGAUAUUUUAUGACCCAGGAGAGUUUGGACCAAGAGAUCUGGGGUUCUCUUUCCCGGGGGUUAAUGACAACCAUCAAACUGUCAUUUUGUGUAUUUAGCAGCUGUUCUUACUUUACAGUACUCCACUGUUACAUUUGAUAAAAAUAGUAGCGAGGGAGACUAACUGUCAGGGAAACGAAGAGAAAGGCUGUUUAAAACAUAACCGUUGCACAACUUUUUGGGGGUAAACUCUUGUUCUGUUUUACUCUCUUCCUGCUCCUGACCACCUGCCACCUGAAAAAAAGUUUGGACAUACUUUCGCCCCCGUUUGCCGCUUUUCAUUGUGCUUACGUGUGGUGAGGCCAUUUCUUUGGUUAUUGAAAUGGAAAUUGUUAUCACGGGAUCAACUCAAAAAUAUAAUUGGCUACUCUGAUGUUACCUACUUUUAAAUUAAUUUGGAACUUCGGUGACACCAAUAAAAAGCGAGUAAUAAGUCAAGUUGGGUUUUGAUCCUGGGUGUGAGAAUAUGGAUGUUAAUAACUUGACGUUUGUUAUUUUUAUCAGGUAAAGCUUGUUGAAAGCAAUUGGAGAGUAGGAAACACCUCUGGGCGGCAACCUUCAAGUUAUGAAAUGAUUGUUGUAUUAAGUCAUUUGACUUCGCUGCGUAUCAGGGCCAAGUGGACAACUCUCACAACGAAACUGUUCACCCGAUUGGCUGAUAUUGAACUGACUCUUAGUAGCAGGUGUGUAGCAUAUUACUUACCCUAGAGUUGAAAUGCUAUAAUAGUUUUUAGGCGUAAGUAAAUGAUUGCUGUUCCACUGAUCUUUUUGUACGUGGUUUAGAGAAGCAAUAAUGUCUAAAUAAUCUGGCAUAAAUAUUCUGUCUGAAUAGUGCGUAAAAGUUUUUUCUUUUAGCCUGGGUCUUAGGUGUACUGCUUUGCAGCAUCGAUUCGCAUCCUAGUCUUUUUCAAAACCGUGUCGUGGUCUUGUCGCACAACAAGUGCGUUUUACGUGACAACGUCAAGCAACGGCUGUGAUGUGGAUUGGUACAUCGGGGGCUUUAAAUAAUUUACCUUGAUAAAACAGCUUCUAAUGUAGAUUGCUUUUAUUUUUUAGGAGCAAUAUAAUUCCUGGGGCGGAAAGUGCUCUGAACAUUGAGAAUUGUUCAUGCCCCGUAGAGUACAAAGGACAGUUUUGUGAACAGUGCGCCAGUGGCUACACACGUGUCACGCCAAAUGGAGGCCCUUACGUGACAUGUGUACCGUGCGAGUGUAACGGACACUCAGACAUGUGCGACCCUGAGACUGGAGUGUGUCUGGACUGUCAACACAACACCACAGGUAUUAACCAUGAAAAUAAAAGAAGCGAACAAUUUCUUCGAAGGGAGAAAUGAGGUGAUUAUGAUAGAAGGAGUGCGCAAAUAUUGUCGAGACGAGGGAGAAAAAAGUCCUUACACUUGGUUGUUUGUCGGAGGAAUAAGAACUUUGAGAUGCACAUUCUAAUGCCCUGGUACAACUUAUGCAUGACUACUUUUUAUGAAGUUGUAUGCUUAUCUCUAUUUAAAAUGACCAAAUUUUGGAAAGUUACUUCUUUUAAUUUGUGUCCUGUGUUGUUUUUUUGUUACUGUUUAUUAGGCGAUCAUUGUGAAAAAUGUCUAGAUGGUUGGUAUGGCAACGCCACUAAUGCCACGCCCAACGACUGCAGCCCGUGCCCAUGCCCCAGCGGACCAUUUGCCGUCAAUCAGUUCGCUAAGACCUGUGUGCUUUCAAGUGACGGUCUACCAACCUGUGUGAACUGCACCGUGGGUCACGAGGGACGGUAUUGUGAACGAUGUAUUGACGGUUACUUUGGACGGCCAAGGGUAAGUGUGAGGCUCAGUGAUAUGUUGAACCCCGAUAAACGACAUUCCUACGUUGUAAAAUCAAAGACCAAAUUAAUCAAAAUGACCCAUCAGAAUAUAGGAAAACUGCGCUUGAAGCUUACGUGAAUUUGAAGGAAUCGCAAUUAAACUGUUUGAAGCGCGUAGAAACAUGAGUGACCAGCUUUGUAGCCGUUUGGUUUAAAAUUACAGAUCGAACGUGAUUAAGCGAAGUCAAUGCAUAAUAGUUCGGAUAUUCAAUUAAAAAAAAAUCACCUGUAACGGUUCAUUAUGUUGAUAAUUUUGAUGCUAAAAUGUACGAAAUGGAUUCUCCUUUGACCCUAUGACCAAUCAAAGCGAAUAUCCAUCAAGCCAUGUCAGUCCUCAUCUAUUUUUGAUAUUGAUUUCACCACGUUUUGGUUGGUUUAAACGUGAAACUCAGCUUCAUUUUAAACGUAUGCCGUGUUCAAGCUGCCCUUUUCGUUAUUCAUACUUUGCAUCAUCUGUUUACCUUUCACUGUCUUUUCGGGAGAAAUUAAACUGCCUUACUUUUACUCUUUCUAUUCAUUUAUGUUUUAUUUACUUACUCAUUCAUUUUAACAGGAACAGGAUGGGCAAUGUCGCAAGUGUAACUGUAACAACAACACAGAUCCUGCAGCCACCGGUAACUGUAACACCACAACAGGCGAAUGCCUCAAGUGUCUUUACAAUACCACUGGGUCCAACUGUCAGUGGUGUGCACCAGAAUACCAUGGAAAUGCAUUGAACAAAAACUGUACACGUAAGUAUGUCUUUUCUGUAGAGACGCUCUCCACAUGUUGGCAAGGCGAGUUCUAACAAAUAGUUAAGGGAUAAUUCAAGAGAAAUUAUUUAAUUGAGAUUUGCAACGGUAAACGGUGGAAUUGGGUGAAAAAAAAAACUGUACUCUAAGUAUCCUUUCCUUACCUAUCGCCUGAGAAAGGAUGGGGGAUUUUGGGUGUGUGACGAUGAAAUUGACCUGAUCCCCCCACGAGGCUCUGUAGUUAUCGUAUGAUCCCCCCUAUGGCCGUUAAUUGGCGGUCAAUUUUCUAUAGUCACCCCCUUUAAAUCUGUUGGCGACGACAGAUCCCCCUCCGUUCCCCCCUGAAAACCUUGUGAUCCCCGAAAAUCUUCCACCACCCCCACCCCCACCCCCCCAUCAUAAGGGGGGGCGGGGAGGGGGGAUGAAUAAGGAAUGGUCCUUUAGAAAGCCCCUCCCCGGCCCAGGACCCUGGCAUAUGAAAGGUAUUUGGCUUGUCAUAGGAAAACAAUACGCUUGACUUAAACUAACCGAGUAUUUUAAUGUAGUGUAGCGGACUGAAUGUAGAGGAUCCAGGUUGAAAGGCGAAACAGAGCAUGCGCAGAUGCGAACUGCUCGAGAGGAAGCGACAGCCAUUAAGAAUAGAAAGCAAACACCACUCCACCAGCUUUUAGCACAGAAAAAAAAAACACUCCUGGGCGAGUCUUUUUUGGGAUUUGACACUCCUUUGAUUGAAGAAGAAGGUCGUGCGGGACUUUUGAAACCAACCCAACCCUAACCCAGUAAACAAGGCAAUGGGUCAUUUUUGUGAACUCUCUAAAAUCUCUCUUUUGAUCCAACUUUCAGCCUGCAAUUGUUCGAAUGUUGGUGCAGUGGAUAACAAAUGUAACAAUUUGACUGGUUCGUGUUACUGUCAUCCUUAUGUGACCGGCAAGUUGUGUGACAGAUGUGAACAAAACGCUUUUAAUUAUACCUCGUCUGGCUGUUCGCCUUGUAACUGUGACAUUGACGGCUCAAAUGAAACUCAGUGUGACUUGGUAAGCUACCGGUAAUUUCUCUUUUAAAAUUAAAUCAUCAUUAUUGACCUUUUCAAGAUCCACUGUGCCUCUUGCCGCUUGGAAAAGUUCUACGUUAGCGUACUAAGUUUGUGUUGGCUUUUGUAAUCUUCUUUAUCCUUCGGUUUUCUUUUUUUGUUUCGUUUCUUACCUUUCAUGUUUUUUGUUUUGUUUCUUACCUUUCAUGUUAAUCAUUUGGGAAAUUAUUUUACAUUUGUAUCUUUACCCUUUCCCCAUCUAGGAAAACUGUUUUUUUCUUUCGGUCUUAGUUAAUUAUAGCGUGCGAAGCUAAGUAUUUUUUGUGUGUGUCUUGGAGCGUUGAAGAGAGGCCCGAGACGGAAAAAUGGGAAUGAUUUCUCCACUAAUACCUCCGCUGACCGUUUUUACGGCCGCGCUGCCUUUACUCUCCUUGAACCCUUAAAACUGCCAGAUUCAAAGGCUGUACUACACAUUUAAUGUUCGUCAGUCGCAAGCACUGUGAAGUACUUCCUUUCUUUGUAAGUUUUUUAACCUCAGUGAUGGGUUUCGUGUUGCUGAAUCAAAUGAUAAAACUUCCUAGCUCAACUGCUCAUUAAAGCGAGUGAGUUUACAGUUUCUCAAAGGUCAUUACCUGAAGGUGCCGAAGAAGUAGUAGGAGUCGAAGUUUCCAUUUGAGGGGAAAUUUGUUUGCUAGUUGUUAAUGCGUUUCUACUUUGUAUUAUUUCCCAUUUAGACGUACGGAAACUGCACUUGUAAACCAAACGUGAUAGGUAAAAAGUGUGACAUGUGCAAUGCAAGCUUCUUUGAUGUAAAGCAGAGUUGUCUAGGUACGAGUAUAACAUCGAUUGACAAUUUUUAAAAAUGAAUAUAGUGUCAGCUUGGUAAACUACAGUUUAGACUGUUUUGUCGCCGUUCUGUAUCAGUUUCCUUCAUUUUUGGCUCGCAUGUUAUCUUUUUCAGCAUGUAACUGUACAGCAAACCAAACUCUUGCCAAUACUACUUGUGAUCCGGUCAGCGGUCAGUGUAAGUGUGAUGUUAGUGAAGCAGGAGGUCGUUAUGGGGGCAGACAGUGCGAUACAUGCGCGAGGAGAACUGUGGGUAAGUGCGUUACCAAGAAUGAUACAGUAAACUGAGAACGAACGAUUCAUAUUUUAAGAUUUUGACGACUUGAUGUAGGUUUUGUUCCUCAACUGAAUAAUUUAUGCGACAACAAUCUUUAGACCUUCCGGUUGGAGUCUUUGUGGUCUGUUCGAUCUAAUUCCGGAAGACUCAGUCCGAUUUCAGGCGAUUCCGUUUGGCCGUGGACUGUCACGUCCGCUAUCGGACGGUUCUGUAGGCCUCGGACAUUUCCGUACGAUAUCGGUCGGUUCCCCAUGAUUUCGAACAUCGUAGUCCGAUCACGGACGGUUCCGUUAGUUAUCGGACCUCAUCUACGAUCCAAGUCUUUUUGGAUCAUUACUUUUUUGAAGUACUCCCAAAACAUCAGCAGGUCUAAUUGACUUAGAAAUUGAGGUUGUAUAUAAGACAAAGUUUGAAGGAAUUUUUUUUUUGCGUAUUCGAAUUAAGUCGGACCUCAUUUUCCAGAAGUAACUGUUCAUUUGUUCCCCUUACCGUCUGUUAUUCAUUUCUUCAUGAUCCUGCGCGUCUAGAGUUUUUGACUUAACACUUGUCUCCUGUCUGCUCUAUACUGUUUUGAUAUUGUUAUGAGAAAUUAUUUAAUAUUAGUUACUUUAGGGAGGGAAAGGGUAAUGAUAUCUGUCUGCUGUAUAAUUGGGGCUUAGAGCUGAAAACGUUGGUUUGGUUUCUCUUUUCCAGGGAGCCCUCCCAAGUGUUAUCCGUGCACCGAAGACUGCUACUUGAACUGGGAAAACACUAUAUCCAGAGAAACUGACAGAGUCAACGAGCUUUACAGUAACGUUACUGAACUGCUUGAGUCGUUUGGGAGCAUGUCAGUGGAUAGCAUCAACAGCACACUUCAGAAGUUGAAAAAGAACGUGACUUAUGCGGAAGAGAUAUUCAGCAGCGGUGGAAAAGAGGAUCUGCAAAAGAAGCAGCAGCAAAUUAACAGGGUAAGGAAGGGGAAAGUGGCUUCAUGUUUUGUAACUUUUACUGAGGAUUGUUUUAGAUUCCAAGUCUUGUUUGUCGCUUUCGAAUCAGUUGCAAAUCUGUUUUUCAAAAUAAUACGAUUUUAGAGGUGUUUGUGGUCAAGACCAUUUGACGGCAAUUAAAUGAUGAAAGAGUCUCGCUUCUUUUUUCUAUACCUGUAGAUCAGCUUUGCCAUAAUUUCUUUCAAUUUUAUUUGUUAAAGAAGCACAACUCAAAGACUGGCGACUCAUAUAUAACGCGAAGAGUGUGCGAUAAGUCUAUCAGCUUAAUUACCAAGGGAUUCCUUGAGGACGUAUUACAUUUAAACUGGCAACUUUCACUCAGAAGCUGCAGCGCAUUUGAAGAACAUUUUUUGUCUUUUUUGUAGAUUCAAAACUCUAUAAGCUCUCUCCAGCGUCAGCUGAACGAAUCUAAGAGUUUGAUUGAAGACGCUCAGACCUACAUUUCAAAGGUGAUUAACUUUAACGGAAGUGUCCCAAUAAUUCCCGCCGAUCCAAUGAUGUACUCCUCAUCCCCUGAAGUCUGCCUCAGUGGGGGAGGUGCGAUUGUGAUCGUGGACUGGAAGUGUAUUGAAGCCAUGGCAACGAUCUACCGCCUGCGUGCGAUGGAAGCUAAUGAAUCAGGACAUGCAAACUACUCGAGUAUUCAAAGUAGUUACAGUAUGGUAAGUUACAUGUGAAUCAAGACAAGAUGUACAUUCUUGCGAUUUAGUAAUCUCGCUUUGGUCACUACCCAGGGUCGCAGAGUUGUUUGUUUGGAAAAGCCGGUUCCUCACCCCUCCCUAAUUUUUGAAUGGUGCUUCUGAAUUUUGAAUUGACCCUGACUAAUUGUUUGAAGUGAAUUAGGGGUUGAGUUAACUUACGGUAUCCAGGGAGGGGUAGCGUUGUUCGUAAUCACUCCUUGCUAAGGAAAUCAGAAUAUUCUCUCGCUCUGCGUGCCGGUUGGACCCUGUGAAACGUUUGCCCUUCCGAUGCACCUUUGAACUUUCUCAAGUUAACGUACUCCUAUUUCGAAGACGAACAUUAUGUAGAAAUUGGAGUCAAAAUAAAAAUCGUUUAAUUUUGGAGUGGCACUCUUAAAGGUAAUUGGAACGUGACUCUUACUCUGUGAUUCAUAUGUUUUGAACGAUUUGAUACCCGAUCAGUGGCUCAAUGAAAUUUGUUUUCCUCUUGACAUGCAGAUUCAGCAGGCGAACUCUACAGCUUACCAUGCAGCUAUGCAGAUCAGUGAUUCUCUAGAAAAACUAAAGCUCGUUAAAUUUGUCAGAGAAAAAGUAGAAUCGGACCUUGGUGAUACCUUUCAGACCUUAUACCGUAAUAACUCUAUGCGACUUGAAGAAAUCAGCAAAAUCAACGAGAUUUUGCAGGCACUGGUGAAAGAAGCGGAAAUUAUUGGAGAACAAGCAAACGGCAAUUUGACCAUGGCUGUGGAAAACGCAAAUCGAUCAAAGGAUCUAGCCGGUCAGCGGAAGAGAGAAGCUCAGAGCGCGCUGGACAAUGCCACCAAUGCACACUCAGAUACUUUGCAGGCCAGUGGUGAUGCAAACAACGCGUUAAAGACAGCCAUGGGGUUUAAAGUGAGUAAGAGCUUUGAGAGUAGUUGUUCUUUUGGUGCGAGUUCUUUAUGUGAAUGAUAUCUUGUGCAGAGUAAAUAUUGGGCGUGGCUUUCACGGUGUUUCUCUCUCUACUUGUCAUGGACUAGAGUAUUCUGAAAAGCUUCACGUAGUCAGUUUUCUGGUUAGCGAGGGAAGCGUGGGUUGUUUUGACGAAUGCGUUUAGAAGGGAGGUCCAGUAAGGCACAAAAACAUUAUCUGGAAAAAUACACACUAAGCAUGUUUCUUGUCCUCAUGAUAUCAACGCUGGCGUAAUCUGGGAAAAAUUUGAUUAGAAUAGAGGAACUGGUCAAAAGUUUCCCCCCCUCUUUUUUUUCCAAUUUUAAAACUGCAUUUUGACAGUGCGCUCUUCCAUCAAUCAUGAGCCAAAAAGUUAACUUUGCUCACAUCUAACGUUACAGGAAAACGCUACAAUGGUACUCCAACAAACACAAGAUGCCAUCAAUAACGUAUCUGCAGGAAUCAACACCAUAGCCAGGGUUAAUAACAUGACAAAGGAAGCGACGAACAUUGCAAAUGAGGUCCGUGCCAUGAACAUGCCUGUGAGUCUGCAACAGAUCCAAAACCUUACUGAUGAGAUUCUGAACACAAAUGUUAGCCAAGCAAUGGUGAACCAGACUCUAAAAGCUGCACAAAAUGGCCUGGAACAGGCACGAGAAGUGGAAGCCCUCUCGCAGAGAGCCAUGUAAGUUUAAGCCCAGGAUUACAUGUCCAAGUGCGAAGCGGCCUGGCUUCUUGACCAUGUAGAUACUCGGUCUCCUGAGCGCCUAUUAAAAUUCCUUGCGUGACAUCCCGAAAAAUGGCUUCAAACGAAACUAAAUGGCAGUCAAAUACUAUAUUUUGCCACAAUUUUCAGAUUCACUCGUCGAUUGCACUGUUUUUUAUCUUUUAUUAUUGUCGCUUAUGUGUGUUCCUUUUCCUUUCUUCCGCAAAGUAAUGUUGCACAGGAGACUCUAAAUCAAGUGCAAGGGAUUGAAAAAGCUAUGAACUCAUCAGAGCACAUUCGACAGCAGGUCAUGUCUCUGCAGCAAGAAACUGAUGGAAUGGUUGCUGACAUCAAUAAUAUCACACAAACGGUACGAAAAAAGAACCGCAAUAGUGCGCGACGCUAUUGUCAUCUUCUGGGUAAUUUUGGCGCGUAAAUGCCGCUUUGUAUGAGUUCGAAAACUGGGACGAGUAGACUUUUCCUUUCCAGCGGAUUAUUUAACAAAUGCUGAAACGUAAACGUCUCUUUGUGUCCUCAGUUUUCGCAUCACGAAUUGUCUUUUUUUGCGACGGGAAAAUUGUCUUUUACGUGUGGUGGUGUUUCAAACUGUUAUUUACAAACUGAUCUACUUAUUUCCUGACUUUCAUUUAACGAAAUUUCCUGUUCAUAUCGAUAUGAAUUUUCAGUUAUGAAUAAAAAGUGUUCCUGUUUUGUAAUUGCUAAAUAUUGUCUAAAGAAACGGGCUAAUUAUUGCCUGAGGGAAGCAGAAGCGGAAUUUUAUUCCUGCAUUUUCAUUUUGUUAUUUCUCGGCGAGUCAAGUAUAUAGAGUCCAGGUGGCGGUUGGCGCUUGUCACCAUGCCGACCGACAAAGAUGCCUUCUAUUUCACCAGAGACUGAUUAGCGUAUGGCUUUUGUUCGUUGUUGCUUGGCCGAGGCUGCUGUUCACCGUACAUUGCAUAAUAAAGCGCGCGGUUAGUGUCAAUAAGGGGAUGAAUUCUGAGUUUAAAACGGUGGUGAUUCUUUCCGUUCUUGUCAGGUUGAACAUCGUUUCUCGGCGUCGUACUCCUCAGGAGAGAGUUUACUAACGAAGAUAAACAAAACCCUGGACGAUAUAGAAAAAGGAUUGAACUGCUUUGAUACUGCGAAGACCGACGCACAGAAUGCGUCGCACACAGCUGAAAUGGCCUUUAAUAUCUCUAAGCAAGCGAAAGAGGUAAGUAUCUUACGAGUUCUAAGUUUCUUAUACUAGACUGUCACCAUCUUUGGUCUGUAAGCAGUUCGUUAAUCAUUUUUGUCACUGAUCCACUGACUGGGGCGAUUCGAAUCCAUUCGGUCCAAAUUACUGGAUACGUGUACUCGCUCGGUAGGAAAUGUAAGGAAAGUGGCAAAUUUGAAUGAGAAGAGUAGCCCUUGAAAUUGAUGAAUGCAUGGAUUGAUUGAUUUUAAUAAUGAUUUUUGAACUAUUCUAAAUGUUUUCGUGAAGAAUGACACAAGAUGGAAGGGCAAGUAAGAGAAAACACGGCGCCCAAGGUAUAAGAUGCGAGUAGGUCAUGGGGCCAUUUGUUAAUAUGUGGCAUUGACCGUUUGCUAUCGUAAAUAAAAGAAAAGAAGAAGCUACGUCUUGCGUAGCUGGCGGUUUAGCGUGCGCUUAAGCUACAAGGAGCGAAACCGCGAUAGGCUUGGUAUCGAAGGUAUGUUCCAUUCGCGGCUUGACGCAUAUCACUUGGCGCGUAUAUCGCGCACAAAACCGUCAGCUGCGCAGGGUGUUAAGAAGCUUUUUUGAUCAGUCGAGUGGGUCCAGACAUGAGUUGAAGAUGAGCGCGUCGCUUCAAAUCACCGAGCGUAGCAUACUCAAACUUGGUCUUAAGAAGUUCUCUCGCAGUUUUGUACUGGAUCGAAGAAGAUCGCGUAGGGCUCAUGCUGGAGCUUGAGCUUGAAAAGAUAAACUAGAACGGUUAUUGGCUAUGUGUUAAUCAGGACAGAAAUUGAGAUGCUACAAGCCUUUGAAGACUUUCAAUUAAAUUCUCGUGAACGGCCUCAAGAGGGAAAGAACGCGGGUAAUUAGGGAAGCGAUUCGUUUUCGUUUAGCAUCUGGGUGGUUGAGAAAUUGGCGCAUGUUUGGUGAACCAGUCAUCGAACGUAGAAAAGCAUAACCGAUUCAGUUUCAGAUAACUUUUGGAUUACUUGAGAAUCGAAAUUGAAAAGUGCCUGAAGUAGUUGUAGAGCAACCUGCAUCAAGCACAGCCUUACUACCGGACUGCGCGGGGCUUUUUGACCCAGGUUCGGAGUGAGAUGUCCAGUUGCAACGCGGGCUUUUCACACUAUGCUCGGCAGUUAUAGUUUAUAGUUAUAGCUUCCCUUUAAGGUUUCUAUUUAGUCGUUGUCUGCACUGUUCAUUAUGAUUUGAGUUUAUUUGUCCACUCUUUGGUAGACCUUCGACAACAGCACGGCAUCUUUGCCACCUGUCGCGUCCUUGGUGAACUCAUCCUAUGAAGCGGCAAGCGGAAACCUCUCAGAAGUACAACAAGCUCAUCAGGAUUCGGAACAACUACUUACGGACGUGACAGAGGCUGAAGGUAUGUAUAUUAGAAGAUACUUCCAGUUGUGUGGCGUAUUUAAUUGUUGCUACAACUUGGCUUUUCAGUGCGCAUUGAACCGAUGAUAAAAAGUGAAAUGUGGGAGAUAAAUAACCGUCUGAGUUCUGUGUGAUGAUUCGUCGUUUCCCCCUCCAGUUCUUAUCUCGCGGUUGAAUCUUUACCAACUGAGUAUAAAAGAACUCGUCGGUGAUCUGUGCCAUGUAUUUGGUUCUUAUAUGUCAAGCAUUUUACAUACUAUUGGCAUCACGGACGCUUGAAGUGUUCAGUGAGGAGAUAGAGUUAGGGAGACUUUUCUUGUUGUUCGGUCGUCAAAAAUGUUUUGGGUUGUGUGCGACUAGAACAGAACAAUCCGUUUGAUUCUUGAGGGUUUUUCAAUAUCCCACACAGUUAUUUAAAUUUUGGACACAGUCUUUUUUGCGUCUGUAGCACAAUACAUAUAUUAUUCUUUCAGAAUUGCUGACCCAGUACAUCGCACAGAGAGACGAACUCGAAAGACUGGGUCGAGAACUCCAAGAACUUGAUAGAGAGGCAGAUGAAUUACUAGGACAGUUUAGUGUGGCUGCUGAGCAGUAUUCACAGUGUGCGGGCGCAUAACGAACUCUAGUCUGGACAACAGACGUCAGUCUUAAUUUUCGUUUAUAUCUGUAUAACGAUAUUACUUACAAAGACAGUCAACAGGUUUUUCUAAGAGCAAGUAUAGUGUUUCUUUCUUGCUGUACGGUUAGGUCGUGCCAUUUUCAGCGGUUUUACUGCAUUGUAAAUGAUAUUUAGUGUAAGUAAAAUCCGGCGGCGAAAUUGAGAGCCACUUGAAAAUCUGUCGUGGCUGGCAGAUUCUGAUAUUUUAAAGGAGUUACGCCACGAAAUUUUUUAGACACUUUUUAUGGGAGGAGAGGGAUCGUCAUAAAUGUUUGUCAAGGAAAAGAAACCAGUAGAUUAUGGUUCGAGGAAGCGUAACAUCAACCAGAUAAAUUGAAACCAAAAAUACGAAAAGAGGAUGAUUAUGGAUGCAGACGAUUUUAUGUAAAUGGUGGAUAACAGCCCUGAUAUAAUUGUUUUGAAUUUUAUCGCACGAUAAGUCAACUGAAGGCGUUACGGUAAUUGAUACAAGUUUUGAGCUCAACAAAUGCUUGAAACAUGGAUAUUUGGACAUAGACAUUUAAACUUUUAAUUUGCAUGUUAACAAGUCUUCUAGGACUCCAGCAAAUGUUAGCUUAUGAUUAGUAAUGAUUUAAACUCUAAGUAUUGCUAAAUUGAUAUUUUUAAUGGUUAAGAGUGUAUAGAAGAAGUUGGAAAUACUCUGGGUUUUAAAAUGAUUAUCUACUCUUAAUUUUGCUGAUCGGUCAGAAGCAAACUUCUUUUAAAGCUGUUUUAUGGUAGGAACAACGACAUGCGUGGGCUUCUUGUUAUUCAAGACCUUAAAACUCCAUUAAAGCAAAAAUUACUCGUAUGGAAAUGCUUGAAGAGUGCCUCCUUAGGAUGCCGAGUCUAUGAAGAGUUUAACGUUGCAAUUCUUUUCUCUAUUUUU